CAUAGUUGCUAUUGGCAGGAGCAAAGGAGGCAACAAGGCAAGGGCGAGGCACAGGGAAAGCCAGGGGCAAGGAGAGAAGCCCUCCUUCUCCAUGCCAGGUAACCCCCUCGGGUGAAGAUACAAGAAUGGCCCGUGAUCCUGUGGCCCAGGGACAAGCACGGUCCACAUCUGGUGCAUAAACGUCCUUCCAAACGUUCACAUGUGCAGAGAUACACAAGCAUAUUAAUCACUUUUCAACUUUCACGGUAGACUUGACUCCAGACAGAGAUCUCUAGGGGUUAAUCCCAAAGGACUGUAAAAUCCAAAGAUCAGCUCAACAGAAGAGACGGGCAGAGGGCAGGUGGACAGGCUCACACUUGAACAAUAGUCUCCCUGAGCUUUCCGGACGCUGAGAGUUUCUCUGCUCCAAGGUCAACAGACAUAAUUGUUUUGGUUAAGUGUUGUGUUUAGGUAAGUGAUGUCAAAAGGGUCAAACAUGUUUUCAUUCUCAAGGUUUAUCAGAAACACUAAGUGCCACAAUGGAGCACUCAAUUGUCACCGUCUUCCUGGAGACCUUUGAGAACUUAAUGAGUUCGUCCUUUUACACUAGGAGAGAGUUCAAACUGAAAGAAUCUUUCCGACGAAUCACAUUAAAAUUUACUCCAGACGGCCAGUGCUCUGAGCUAGAAGAGUAAAGACAAGUCUGCCACAUGCACUUCAUUUGCUUACAUGGCCUACGAUUCCCUAAGAAGAAGCCCACAAUUUAUACCCCAGCCAAAGAGAAGGAUAAGCGGGCCAGCUCUGCCUCUGGGAAGAAGAAGAGGAAGAAGAAGGAGGCAUAUUUUAGUUGCACGGGGAAAAUCCUAAAGCGAACCCACCCGGACUUCAGUGGGUGCUUCUGGAUCUUGGAUGCACGGGGAGCUCUGAGGACUUGGUGGCUGGAACGGGUUAGCCUAGAGGCGGUUAGACUGUCCCUCUACAUCCACAGAAGAGCCGUCACCAGCAGAGAGAUCCUUGAGGCAGUCAAGCAGAGAUGCUCCCUGAAGAGCUUGGGAAUAAAUGAAGUGAACCUGAAUGGCCCUGUUGUUGAAAAGAUUACACUUGUCAAACAAAAUUGGAUCCGCUGGAGGACUGAGCUGGAAGAUGAAGUACCUGACAAGUACCCGCUGCAAUGGUGGUCUUGGUGUAACACACCUGGUCUCUGGGUCUUGCAUUUUUAGUCUCGGACUUAAUUUGUGAAAAAAAUAAAAAUAAAGGAA